AUGUCAACUUAUCCAAUCUCUCCUCCCCUCCCCUCCGCUAUCGCCUGGGACAAUAUCACCAAUCCACGGCACUGGGGCGGAUCCAACCAUCCACAUUCCACAAUUACCGUCUUACUCCCCACGAGGCUUGACCCGCUAGCCGUCUGGGAUUGUUCGACGGCAUUGUCUGAGUGGUUGCUCAGACGGUCAGGGUCACAGUUGGCCGAUGAAUGGCUCCAAGAACUGAUGUCCUGCGUGUGGCACGUCGGCAGCCUCCGUGGGGGAAGAUGGGAUUCUCACAGAAUUGGAUUGAAAAUGACGUCGUGA